AAGCUGACAGUAGUGUCGCUUCUCUUUGUCAGAGGACCGACUUCCGUUUUCAUGUUUGGUCCAGGUUUCUGGAAUUUACUAUCCAGUGAGCCUGUCACCUGUCUGUUGCUUUGAUAAACAGCAGUGGCGAUUUAGUAUUUUGGCGUGGGAGCCAGUAAAAGGUCCUCUGUUUCGGCCUGACAAGACUUUGAUUCCUUCAUUCUGUUUUAUCCUUGAACAACACGACUGUUUACCUAGCUAGCUGGCUAGCAUCAGCCAGCUGAGUUAAAUCACCUAGCAUGUUUCGGUACUUGAAUGACGUUGAUGACGACCCCUACAUGAUGGAUCCCUUCGCAGCUCACAGGCAGCAGAUGAGGGUUCUCUUUGGACCAUUUGGCAUGGACCCCUUCGCUCUUGCCCCCCAAAUACAGCCACGUGCACCUCGCAGACAAGUAACGGCUGGUCCACUGGCCCCCUUUGGCAUGAUGGGAAUGGGUGGAGGAGGAUUCAUGGAUAUGUUUGGCAUGAUGGGAGAAAUGAUGGGAGGCAUGGAAAGAAUGUCCGGUUCCCCAAACUGUCAGACGUUCUCCUCCUCAACAGUGAUCUCCUACUCGUCCACAGACUGCGGGGCUCCUGAAGUUUAUCAGCAGACUAGUGAGACAAGAACAGGCCCUGGAGGGAUCCGAGAGACGCGGCAGUCCAUGAGGGACAGUGAGAGCGGCCUCGAGCGUCUAGCUAUCGGCCACCACAUUGGAGAGCGUGCACACAUAAUGGAGCGUUCGCGAAAUCGCCGCACUGGAGACCGCGAAGAAAGACAAGACUACAUUAACCUAGAUGAGACUGAUGCUGCAGCAUUCGACGAGGAGUGGAGAUGUCAGGCAGGAAGAUACGUUCCCCCAAACGCACGGGCACUUGAGUAUGGCCGAGAUCGACGUGGAGGAGGCCAGCAUCUGGCCCUUCCUGCCCCUCCUAGCUCAACACCCCCAACAGCCCAUCGGCACGAGUCCCCCAGACACCGCCAGCCCCAACCCCGCCCACGUUACGACUGGUGAGAGGUGUCACACCUUGGCGACCAGAUGGAAGGAGUUGAGGGAAAAUCACCUCGAUGCUGUGAACCACGCUUGAGACGGAAGUUGAUGAACUUCACAACUGCCCCGUCGUAAAUGUUUGAUAUGACUGGACUGUCUCUACAUAAACACAGACACACAAACAUACCACCAGACCACACACACACACACACACACACACACACAAGUGAUAGUUACAUUUAAAGCUCUAUUACUCAGACACAAACAUGCACACACAGUGGCACCCUGGUGCAAACAUGGGUCUAACUACACUCACUUUAUAUAUACUCAUUCUGAAAACUUGACAUGUGUUCUGCCCGCUGCACUAAAGUGCUUCAGUAUACAGUACAUCUGCUGUACAGUCCAUUUUAUGUUUGUGAAGGCACUAGUGUGUCAGUGAAUUGAAUUGUAUACUGUUAACUAAUUAAUCUAACUAAAUAAAAGUUCAUUAAACAUUGUUAGAUAAUUACAAA